AUGCAGCCGGUGCUGGACUCUGGACAUCAGAAGUCACAAGACUCAGGUCCAUCGGUACCAUGUGCCCUUUGGCCAGUGGACCUCAAGUUAACUCACCUGGACUGGAAUCCAGAAGCAACCCUGAUACACUUCCAGGGACAACACCUUACCAUAUGUGAACUUGACUAUAACAUCUUGCAGUCAGAAAUACAGAAUGCCCCAAAGACUGAAGCUGCGGUGGACGUGGGAGAAUUUUGCCUUGUAGAAGACUUGACUUCAGCUCGCUGGUUCAGAGGUAGAGUUGAGAACCGUAAGGAGGACUCGUUUGAUGUUUUCCUCAUAGAUCACGGUAACGUCUUGAGUGUGGACGUUGCCCACAUAUCUUCCUGUUCAGGUGAUUUUUUCAUUCUGCCUCCAAAAAUAGUUUGCGGCUUUCUUGCAAAUGUGCUUCUCCUUCAGAGUUGUCCACACUCUGUAGUGGAGGUGUAUCUCUCAAGCUUGAUUGGCAGAAAUGUUGCAGGUUACAUUCAAGCUCUCCUUUGUCAUGAAGUCCUCUUACUGGAAGUCCCUGACAUCAACAGUGACCUGGUGCGCCAUGGCUUUGGGAGGCAUGUGGACACAGAUACCUUCCUUUUCUUGGUUGAGAUGCUCACAGAGGUGCCGCUCAAACAAAGCAUCGCGUCAGUUCCUGACUUACUCAUUCAAAAGCCACGAGGACAAGAAAUGUACUUCAAAUCCUCAGGUCUGCAGGGAUAUGAGGACAUUCUGUCAUUCUGUGGACCUAAGUUGAGUUGUGGGACACAAGCUAAAGUGCGAGUAACUGCUGCUGUCAACCCCGGGCUGUUUUAUUGUCAAGUAGCGAGCAUGGAAGCAGAUCUUUGGGAAAUGUCAAAGAAGUUGGCUGCAGUUUGUGAGUCCAGAACCAAGGAAUGCAACCAGAAGACUCCAGAGAACCUGGGUUUGCUGUGCUCUAUUAAAGGCAAAGAUGGGAAAUGGUACAGAGGCUUUGUGCAGUUUCUCUCAGUCAACUCUCAGGUUCGGGUUUUGUUCAUUGACUAUGGAUUCUUUGAAUCCGUCAAAGUAGAGAACAUCCACAGGCUGCCACCUGAGUUCCAUUCAACACCCAUCAUGGCAUUCGCAUGCUCGCUCUCCUCCCUGACUGAUCAGGAUCAUGUGCUCAAAACCCAGCAGUUGAGUUUCCUGAAGGCGGGCUUGCUUGGUGGAAUGUUAGAUGUGGAGAUCAGUGGCUUUGAUGAAAAGCAGCAUCUGUACUCUGUCACUGUAAUCGGUUUGACAGAUAAUAAUGUGAAGGAACCAGAGCCCAUCCAGAAGCUUUGCACAUUCAAAGCUGAGACAGUUUUGGACACAAAACCGUCACGUCAGGCUGGCUGUUUGCACUACGAGACAGUCGUGGGUGAAGCAUUGGUUAAGACGCUGAAAGCAGAAGAGGUCCAGGUGGGCUUGGUCUUUGUUGGGUAUGUUGAGCAUGUCGGGAACCCAAACCACUUCUGGAUCAGAACCCAAAAACGCAACGAUGAGUUUGAAGAAAUGACGACAAAAAUGAUGGAACACUUCAGUCAAACGGAGCUGGAUGAAGAUGUGCUGAUGAAUCCUGAGCCUGGGACACUGUGCUGUGCAGUCUAUGAGAAAGACAUGCACUUCUACAGGGGCGUGGUGACAGACACUCUGGAGCAUGGAGCUGAAGUUCUUUUUAUUGAUUUUGGGAACAUUGAAAAAGUGCCACGCAUGCUGAUCAAGAACAUACCUGAGACAUUUGCCAGCAAAUCGCCGUUUGCCAUGUGUUGUUCUCUUGUUAAUGUUUUUCCUUUGGAAGACGUCUGGACCAGCUCCGCCUUAAACUUUUUCAGGCAAAUUGUGACAAACAAAGCUUUGCUGGUCCGUGUUGUUCAGAUGAGAAAAAACACACUUGUUGUUGACCUCUUUGAGAUGGGAGGUGACAAAAGUCGGAGCAUCACUGAGCUCCUCAUCUCUUCCAAACAAGCUGAAUACAUUCCCAUAGAGCCUGUGGUGCAGAAUAACACGAGGCUCCCACAAUGCAGUGCGACAAUGGACAUCAGUGGGAAUACAGAGCAGUGGUCGGAUUGUGAGGAGGAAGAGAAGUCAUGCAGAAAUGAAAUUGAGAAAGAUCAAGCCCCUGCUAGCUUCAAAGCUUUAAAUAUCGAGCCUGGUUGUGAGUUUGCCGUGCGCUGCCCCUACAUCAGCUCUCCAUCAGAUUUCUGGUGCCAGCCUCUUGAUAAGGUUCCAGCUUUGGAGGAACUGAUGGAAAAAGUGCAGCAGUAUUACUCCACUCAUACAGCCCCCCUCCGGUCAGGAGACUCAUGUUGCGUUGCCCAGUCACCGUGUGAUGGAAGGUGGUACAGAGCCUUUAUCAUAGAAAAACAGAAAGGUCUCGCCAAAAUAGUGUUAGUUGACCAUGGCCGUACUGUUGAAAUCAGUGAGAACAGUCUUCAGGCAAUCAUGCCUGAAUAUUUUUCUUUGGAAGGACAAGCUUUCAGAUGUCGCCUUGACAACCUCAUCAAACCUGCUGACCCAAAAAACUGUGGGGAUUGGAGUCCAGAGGUUUGUAACCUGCUGAAAGUCUUUGUCCUCCACAGCGGCAGUAGUCUAAAAUGUAGAGUUGCCUCUCACUUAAAUGUGAAAAACACAGGGCUGUGCAAUGUUGUGGAUCUCUACAACAUCCAAACUCAGCAGAGCGUCACAAAAAAACUCCUAGAACAGGGCCUGGCAAGCAGAGUGACAGUGUCGACAAAGCAACCAUUAACAGUGUUUCCUGACUCUUUUGUCUACUCCUCAUAUGGUUUAAGACCUGGAAAUGAGGAACACGUCUACGUCACCCAUGUCAGCAGUCAGUGGGAGGUCUACUGCCAUCUUGAGAGAAACACUGAAAUCAUCGAAGAGCUCGAGAAGAACAUCUCAGAGGAGAGUGAAAAAAUGAUGCAAGCCAGUACGAGAGCCGUCGUGAGGAAACUGUGCCUUGCCAAAUACCUGAAUGGCAUGUGGUACAGAGGCUUGACACAUCCGGUUCAGUUGCCGCUGCAUCUCAGUGUGUUUUUUGUGGAUUAUGGAAACACAAGUAUAGUAGAGAAAAGCAAUGUCAUGUUCAUUCCCAGGGACUCAGGCUUUUUGUUGUACACACCCAUGCAGGCUAUGAGAUGUAGCCUCGAUUCAGUGUCCAAGGUGGAGCCCUAUGCAGAUGUCAAGGAGUGGCUUACCGACACAGUCCUCAACAAGCUAGUGACAGUCAAGAUCAUUGAGAAGAGCGAAAAUGGUUCAUUUGUUGUUCAGCUGUUUGAUGGAAAAGUUAACAUCAAUGAGAAGGUGAAAGAGCUCAUUCUUGAUCUUUCACAGAAACCAAAGACUGUUAGUUUGAACAUAAGCAGCACAAAGACAAAACAUCACAGGAAAAAUAUUUCUGUCAAGAGGAGAAGUCAACCAACAGGGCAGUCUUUAGGCUGCGCUACAUCUAAUGUCAAAAGAGGUGCCGAAAAGAACACAAAACAACUGGUUCAUGGCAGAACUCAGAACAAGAACACAAAAGCGAAACAACAGAAUGAGGACAAAUCAAAGAGCCGUGCCACAGUACAGCCUCUAAAAAACUCUCCAGUGCAACAACCAAGAGGGUGCCAGGAUGCAAAGUCAGAGCGAUCACAACAAAGCAGGGUAACACAAGUAACCCGGCUCUCGCAUCUGCCUGACAAGAAUGUUAGUGCAGGCUUCCUGGCAGAGUGCUUCGCUUCCCACAUCGACUCUGUGAACAGCUUUUUCCUGCAGCUGUCAGAGGACGAACCUGCCAUCUUGAAACUGGGGGACGAUCUCAACACAAGUAUCUUAAGGGCUUCCUUGAAGACGACCACAUCUCUGAGAAUCAAUGACGUGGUUUUGGCCGAGUACGAGGAGGACGGCGCUGUGUAUCGUUCAGUUGUCAAGAGUUUUGAAGCCAGUUCAUGUGUCAAAGUUGAGUUUGUGGACUAUGGAAACUCAGCAGUCAUUGGGAAAGAAAAGAUUUACUCCAUACCAGAGGAGUAUCUGUGUCAGCCAAGAUUCAGCAUACCAUGUUCGCUGUUGGACAAGAGCAUGUAUGGAAAUGAUGCUUCUUUCACUGACACUGUCAUGGAGAAGCGGCUCAUGGUCGACUUUGUUCAGCAAAAUGGAACUCAAUGGGAAGUCAAGAUUGAGGUUCAAGAUGCAGGAGAUGGUCUUAAUAUGGCACUUGAAGCAGCUGUUGAAAGUAGCCCUUUAACUGAAAGGGAAGAAGAGUCUCCUAUGAGUUCAUGUGAAACUGAGCAGAAAGUGAGAUCCUGUGAAAAGAGACAAGAAGUGUUUGAGAAUGAAAGAAGUAAAUCUGAAGGAACGAUGCCUUCUGUUGGAGGAGAAAACUUGAUGGCGGCACCACCACCUGUCACGCUGAUACCUAGACUGAAGGUAAAAGCCUGCAGGUGUCAUAGAGGGACUCCCGCCAGAAAGAAGAGGGAUUCAAAAGCUCAUAGGAAAACAAAAACCUGUUCUGUCAAAGCAGUGAGGAACGUUGCAGAUGUAUUCCGACCUGCACCGAUUCAAGCCAAAGACACAGAGAAUGGAACCAUUCUAUCAGUCCAGAGUAAUGGCUGUUUUUAUGUCAGACUCACUCGAUUCACUGACCAGCUGGCUGCACUAGAAAGUUGCAUCACUACCAACCUAAAUAAGUGCAGGACGUUGGCAGGAGAGGAUAUCAAACAAGGCCUCAAGUGCUUAGUUCAGACAUAUAAGGACAAGUGGCAAAGAGGUGUUGUUCAGCAGAUCAAUGAGCAGACAUACAAAGCCCUCCUGGUGGACCAUGGAGUAACAAAAGAAUUUCCAAGUGGCUCCAUCCGACAGCAGUGUAGCGACCUGGCCCAAAUCCCCAACCUGGCAGUGUUGUGCAAGAUGAACAACUUGGGGUUCAGUGCAGGAGAAGACACUCAGAAGCUGUGGUGUCAAACCCUCAAAACAAUAAUCAGCAAAGAAGUACAAGUAGUUUUUACGUGUUAUUCUGAAGCUGAUAACCUUUGGAUGGUUGAAAUAACCAUAGAUGGACUGUUCCUCAUGACACAUGUGGAAACCUUAUCGCAGCGAAAUGAAGAGAAGAUCCCAUCGCCUGCUGAAACCCAAAAUGAAAGCAAAGCAGAAGGAUGUACCUCUGACAUGAGCCCUCCUCAGCAACUUGCCUUUGUGCCUGUUGAUUUAGACAAAGCUUAUUCUGGCUUUGCUGCUGCAGUUAUAACUCCCUUUGAGUUCUGCAUUGUUCUUGAAGACUCGCUUCUUGUCAGGAACAGACUGUCCAUCAUGUUGGACGAGCUGCCCACUCAAAUGGCUUCUCUCCCUGAAGCCCACCUUCUCCCUGGCACCUGCUGCCUGUUGAAAUCAGACUCCAGGAAUGAGUGGUGCAGAGGUGAAAUCGUACAUGCCGACACCACAGUGGUCCUGAACCUCGUGGAUUAUGGCCAUUACGAAUACAUGCCACAUGACGACUGCUCCAAGCUGAAGAAGCUACCAGUGGAGAUAACAGACCUCCCAAAGGUGACGAACCCCUGCAGCUUGAGAGGGGUCACGCCUGUAGCAGUGGACGGACAGUGGACCGAUGAGGCGGUGGUCUUCUUCCAGCAGUGUUUGUACCAGAAGAACCUCCAGAUCUUCUUCAGAGAGUUUGUGUCAGACACACACUGGAAGGUGGACAUUAUGGCAGACGGCGUCCAUGUUGCCAAGGAGCUGGUGGAUGCUGGACACGCCACUUACAUAGACGUCAUGCUAGGACUCAGGUUCCAGGAGCAGGGUCCCUGUAAGGCUCUUCCCCAAGGGUCCGACUGUGAGGAAGAGUAUGAGCAAGAAGAGGAAGGCUCGGAUGAAGCUUAG